UGUUUAAUUGUCUUUUUGCCAGGUCGAUGUGUAGGUCUAAGAAUUAAAAGCACAAGAUUUCAAAUUGCCGCUUUUCAGGGGAAGGGGAAGUACUAAUAAAGCAGCAUGGAUACAGAUACACAAAUAUUAUACAGAUAGAUCUAUAAUGAAGGGAACUGUUCCUUUAAAUGCGGGCUUGGCUGCGGCUGACAUGCUUUAGGCAGGAAGGAGGCCAUCUUUCGCCUCUUUUCUCCUAGGAGGAGGAAGUGAAUUGAAUUUUGCAUGGCAAAAGCAGCAAGCCAUGGCAGAUAACUACCGGGACUACAACUUGACAGAGGACCAGAAAAUCCUUAAGACGAAGUACCCGCCUCUCAAUAAGAAAUAUGAAUAUCUGGAUCAUACUGCUGAUGUGCAGUUGCAUGCCUGGGGAGAUACCUUGGAAGAAGCAUUUGAACAAUGCGCCAUGGCCAUGUUUGGGUACAUGACGGAUACGGAGACGGUUGAACCUCUGGACACAGUAGAGGUGGAAGCAGAGGGACAUGACAUGCUGUCUCUUCUCUUCCACUUUCUGGAUGAGUGGCUUUAUAAAUUCAGCGCCAAUGAGUUUUUCGUUCCCAGGGAAGUUAAAGUGCUCCACAUUGACCGAAUAAGAUUCAGAAUAAGAUCUAUUGGGUGGGGAGAAGAGUUCUCUUUGCCCAAGCAUCCCCAGGGCACAGAGGUCAAAGCUAUAACCUAUUCAGCGAUGCAGAUUCAUGAGGAUGAAACGCCCGAGGUCUUUGUCAUUAUUGAUAUCUAAACAAAGUGCCCCGAAAAACUGCAUCACCCUGGUUUAACUGGCAGAAGUGCUGUACAUCCUAAUCGAAGUGUUUGUCCUCCUGGAAAUGACUCGGCAGAGGGCUAAAUGAACCAAAGUGGUGAGGAGCAUCCGGGACUCCUGAGGAAUGUCCAGCUCUGGCGUGUUACUGAGGCUGAUACAUCAAGCAGAAAGCAUUGAAAAGAUGAUGUGCAUGUGUUGAUUGCUAGCCCAAGCAUGAUCUGGUACUGCAGCCUAUAAUGUGGUUUUUAAAUGCUGGAUUCUAAUUCCUUAUCUACUUUGGUGGGAGACUAAUAUUCUUUAGUGACAGGAAAUGCAGGGAUUUAAGACUAUUCACUCUCUUCUGUCUUAAUAAUACUACCUCUUCUAUUGCUUCUUUUGUCAUUUAUAGCCCAUUGUAAAAUACCCACCAUAAAAUGCUGCUUUCCUCCAGUGA